AUGGGACUCGCAGAGCGCAAGGUUAAGCAACGCAUCGGUCUUGAUCCCCGUAACCUGAGCUGGUCCGAGGAUAAGACUCGUUUCAGUGUCCAGCACAUGGCCAACCUUGGCUGGAAGGAUAACACAGGACUGGGCAAGGAUGCGUCCGGAAACGCAAAUCACAUCGCGGUCGUGCGCAAGUUGGACAACGGCGGUAUCGGCAUGUUGCGGGUGCAGAAGGAGGGCAAGGAGCUGAGCGCUGGUGCGGGCCAGGCUGGUGCCGGUCUUGAGGAUGUGCUCAAGCGUCUGGCAGCGCGUUCGGCUAGUGCGAGUGGGACCGUGACGCCGAGUGCUCAGCCCUCACUCGUGCCGUCUCCUGUGUCGAGUCCUGGCCCCUCGGUGGUGCGGAACAAGAUCUCAUCGCGCCAGCGCCAUCUCGCAAGCAAGAGGAUGGCGUCGCAGGACCCCGUCGCCAUGGCCGCUAUCCUCGGCGUUCCCGUCUCCUCCCUUCCCACGCCAUCCGCGUCCGCACCGACUUCGGGAGCCUCGACGCCCGCGAGCGAGGAGACGCCCGAGCCGGCUAGCCGCGACGAGAACGGCGACCCGCAGCGGGACGCGCUCGAGACCGUCACCACGUCGACCCUCUCCGUCGCCGAUUACUUCCGCCAAAAGUUGCGCGAGAAGAUGCUUCAGAGGCAGGCGAGCGGGUCCGCCACACCCACGAUGAGCGAGGGCAGCCUCGCGGUCCCGAAGGAGGAGGUAAAGGUCGAUGUCGGCGGCGUCGCUUGGGAGGGGAGCAAGAUGUCGUUCGGGGAGAAUGCCGAGGAGGUCGCGCUCGGCGAUCUUGGAGCGGAUGCGCCCGCCGUGAACGCCGAGAAUAAGGACACGGAGGCGAAGAAGGCGCGGAAGGAGGCCAAGCGCGCCGCCAAGGAGUCGGCAGAAUCAACACCAGCAGCAUCGGCAUCUGAAUCGACGCGGGCAACCUCGGAAUCCACGCCUGCUUUGUCUGACAAGGAGGCACGCAAGGCCGAGAAGGAGGCCAAGAAGCGGGAGAAGCAGGAGAAGCGGUUGAAGAAGGAGGAGAAGGCUGCGAAGAAGGCGGAGAAGGCUGCGAAGAAGGCGGACAAGGAGGCGCGGAAGGCGGACAAGGAGGUCAAGGAGGGUAAGGAGAAGAAGAGGAAGCGCGACGACGAGGAUGGUGAGGAUAGCAAGAAGCGCAAGUCCAGGUACUGUAUCGUAGUACAUAUUGCGUACGAGGCUUCGUAUGCGGGCGGUCUUUCCUAUCUCCAGUGCAACCCACCCACCGUCUCCGAUGGCCCGCUCGUGAUCCAGAUCCGCGACACGCAGGGAGGCAUCAUGUCCCUCCGCGUCCAGCCUACCAUCAAGUUCGGCUAG